CAGGCCGCAGGUCCCCGCCCGCCCUUCGCCCCGGAUCCCGCGUCUCCUCUCAAGUCCUCUAGCUGGGUGACACCUUCCUCCUUGCUUUCGCCAGGAGGGAGAGAGCUCCGUGUGCCUGGAAAGGGUAUCUGUCCGCACCGCCGCCCCCGCCGUCCUGAAAGUUUAACUCGGCGGAGAUGCGUGUCUUCCGUUCCGGGGCCAGUGGCGGUCCCCUUUCGUGUCGCCGUCGCAUUUAGCGGCUAGGAUCAUCACAUCAGGGUCUCAAAGAGAAGGAGGAGGCGCCUACGGAACUCUUGCACGGAGUUGACUUGUCCGGCCGGGAAGCGCAGGUGGACCCAGGAGCUGAGAUGCAGAGCGGCGAGCCGGUGUCCGCGAUGAGAGUCUCCGAGAGCGAGGGGAGGCUGGAGGCGCUGGCCACCGCGGGGACCCCGAGCGGCAAGAACGGCGGCGGCGGCAGGGGUGGCAGUGCCAAGGGCUGGCAGUACAGUGAUCACAUGGAAAACGUGUAUGGCUACUUAAUGAAGUACACCAACCUUGUCACUGGGUGGCAGUACAGGUUCUUCGUGCUGAACAACGAGGCAGGGCUGCUGGAGUACUUUGUGAACGAACAGUCCCGGAGCCAGAAGCCCAGGGGGACGCUGCAGCUGGCCGGCGCUGUCAUCUCGCCCAGCGACGAGGACUCGCACACCUUCACGGUGAACGCAGCCAGCGGGGAGCAGUACAAACUCCGAGCCACAGACGCUAAGGAGAGGCAACACUGGGUCAGUCGGCUUCAGAUAUGCACACAGCACCACACAGAAGCCAUUGGAAAGAAUAACCCUCCUUUGAAAUCACGGAGCUUCUCACUUGCGUCGAGUGGGAAUUCUCCAAUUUCUCAGCGGAGGCCAAGUCAGAAUGCUGUCUCCUUCUUUGGUGUCGGGCACUCCAAGCUGCAGCCCGGGGCCCGAAGAGCUCACUUACCUCCCGACCACCUUGUGGAAGUCAGAGAGAUGAUGUCUCACGCAGAGGGACAGCAGAGAGACUUGGUCAGACGGAUCGAAUGCCUUCCCGCCUCCGGCCUUCUCAGCUCCCUGGACCAGGACCUCCUGAUGCUCAAAGCGACGUCCAUGGCCACGAUGAACUGCUUGAAUGACUGCUUCCACAUCCUGCAGCUGCAGCACGCGUCCCACCAGAAAGGCUCUCUGCCUGCAGGAGCAACGAUCGAGUGGUUAGAACCGAAGAUCCCUCUCUCAAACCAUUACAAAAAUGGAGCGGAGCAGCCCUUCACCACAGAGCAGGACAAAGCCGUAGCCACUCCUGAGGGGCAGUCGACUGCAGAGUCUGGGCUCAUAGCAAGGGAGCCUGAGGACGUACACGCGGAUGAGGAAGUGGAGGACACCUGCGACAACAAGGAGGAUGACCUGGGGGCCGUGGAGGAGCAGCGCAGUGUCAUCCUGCACCUCCUGUCACAGCUCAAGCUGGGCAUGGACCUGACGCGGGUGGUGCUCCCCACGUUUAUCCUGGAGAAGCGUUCCCUGCUGGAGAUGUACGCAGACUUCAUGUCGCACCCGGACCUGUUCGUAGCCAUCACGAGCGGCACCUCGGCCGAGGACCGGAUGAUCCGCUUCGUGGAGUACUACCUGACGUCGUUCCACGAGGGCCGCAAGGGGGCCAUCGCCAAGAAGCCGUACAACCCCAUCAUUGGGGAGACGUUCCACUGCUCCUGGCGGGUGCCCAAGGGCAGCCCUGUGCCCAGCCCGGCGCCCGAGGAGGCCGCCAGCCCCACCACCGACUGCUACACAGUGCGCUUCGUGGCCGAGCAGGUCUCCCACCACCCGCCGGUGUCCGGCUUCUACGCAGAGUGCGCCGAACGGAGGAUGUGUGUGAACGCGCACGUGUGGACCAAGAGCAAGUUCCUGGGCAUGUCCAUCGGCGUGACCAUGGUGGGCGAGGGGGUCCUCAGCCUGCUGGAGCACGGUGAGGAGUAUACCUUCUCUCUACCAUGCGCAUACGCCCGCUCCAUCCUCACAGUGCCCUGGGUGGAGCUGGGCGGUAAAGUGGGCGUGAGCUGCGCGAAGACCGGGUACUCGGCCAGCAUCACCUUCCACACCAAGCCCUUCUAUGGCGGCAAACUGCACCGGGUCACCGCGGAAGUGAAGCACAACACGAGCAACACCGUGGUGUGCAGGGUGCAGGGAGAGUGGAACAGCGUCCUGGAGUUCACCUACAGCAAUGGAGAGACCAAGUGCGUGGACCUGACCAGGCUGGCGGUGACAAGGAAGCGAGUCAGGCCCCUGGAGAAGCAGGACCCGUUUGAGUCCAGGCGGCUGUGGAGGAACGUGACGGAGGCGCUGAGCCACGCGGAGAUGGACAAGGCCACAGAGCACAAGCGCGCGCUGGAGGAGCGGCAGCGGCUUUUGUUUCUGAAUUCAAAACUAUCAGAGGAGUGUUUCUUUAGUUUGUACUUGCCCUUUUUGCAGGGAGACGGCUGGGUUUUUCACAAACCCCUCUGGAAAGUCCUUGCGGCAGCACAACCAGCAGAGUGACCCUUGCUCUCUGGGUUGCGACCAGAUGUGGCUCUUCCAUUCCCCACCCCGACUGGAGUCGCUGCACUGUGGGAGCUGCCCGCUGCUGACCGCGAACGUACCUCCUCAGGCGCUGUCACCCCACAGCAAGACCAAAGUGUCCACCUGUCCUGUGACACAGCAAUACAACCUCAGCCCUGAGGGAGCCGCCUUGGCCACCAGACAGCGAGAACCCAGUGACUUCAACUCUUGGUAGUGAAACGUGAGGUCUCCUUUCAGUCUGUAUUUUGCUUUCCGUCCAUAAUUGAAGUAUUCACUGCUCUUAGAAACCACCCAUGAUGUGGAGGAACUGGCCAGGGAUCGCCACUGGGCCUGCGGUCAGUGCUGGGCAGCAGCGCAUUCCUGCAGCCACCAGAAUCACAGCUGCAGAGUUUGUUCUUCUGAGCAUUUUCAUAUACUUGAAGACAGCACUGACUUGAAAAAUUUCAGAACAUUUUUCAGUACCUAGUUUUAUGAAAUAUUACAUUUGAGAGACAAUUUUUUUACAUGUAUCCACGUCAAUAUGAUGAAUUUGGGCCUUACCCAAAAGCUAAGGCAUUAAA